AUUAUUUCUAACAAAUAUAUUUUAAAAUGAGAUUGAAUUUUCGAAAUUGUAACUAUAUUUUUGCGGAAGGAUAGUUUACUUCUAGAGUUAUUCGGUCAAACCAAAACAAUCAAAAUGGAGGAAGAAGUACCAAGUGGUUCUGAUAAUAUUGUUACAGAGUUCAAUACAUACGAAGAGUUUCUUAAUUCUCAAAUAACGUCACAUGAUUUAUUCUAUCUUGAGGAUGAAGAGCUGGCCCGACAGUUGGUUGAGCUUGGUUACCGUGGCAGCGGGGAGGUGUUGAAGCGGGAGGAGUUUGAAGCUCGCAAGGCAGCAGCUGAGGCCAGCAGGCUGUCCAAGAGGAGCCAACAGAAAACACUUGCCCACACUGGUAAAGACUUAAGAAAUCCUUUCCUGAAGGCUCUGGCAUCAAAAGAGGAGGCCAACAGAAGUGGAAAAAUGACAACCAUAAUAUUCAUUCGAGACAAGAAUGCUCGUGGCCAGGAGAUCUCAGGCUACAUAGACUUUGCUCACAGGAUGAAGACAGAAGAAUUUGAGCCGUACUUUGCUGGCAAGAAGCGACUCCUCCCUCGGCCUUCUGAUCUCAGUUUCUACAACUGGGAGACGCAGACCUCCACCUCAAACCCCACCCCCAACUAUCAAGUGAUUGCAGAGAACGCGUCUGGGCUGCUCUUCAAGAACAAACGAGACCGGAAAAUCAUCAAUGUGGACCCUAAGAUUGCAUCUCCCGGUGAUAAUUCCACCCGUACAGUUAUAACAUUUGAUGAUGAUGAUGAGCCACCUAAAUACACACAAGUUGUUAUAUAUGAUCACAUCACAAGAAGGAAAACAUAAAGGACUAAAGCUGGUUGAAUUGUUUUGUAUGCAUGUGAUAUUUAUGUUUUAUUUUGAGAUAACAACUUAAACACAGUGAGAUAAGUGAAAAGCAUUAUUUAAACAUUUUUCAUUUUGUCUCAUAGAAUAAUUGAUGUUGAAAAAAAUAUUAUAAAAAUUAUGUAUGCAUAAGAUAUUAAAUGAAUAAAAUAUUUAUAUGUUUUUAA